CGCGGGGCGGGGAGAGCCGGGCUGCACCGCACCAUGCUGGCGGCCGUCCGCCGGCUGCUGCGGCCCAGGGGAGCGGCGGCGGCGGCGGCGGCCCGGGCGACGGGCUCAGCACCGCUGUGGGCCUGCUUCUUCCACACCGAAUUUGAGCUGAGGAAGCCCAAGACGGUCACGCAGGCCGACAUGAAGGUGGAGCUGCUUCCCGCCCUCACGGACAACUACAUGUACCUCCUCAUCGACGAGGAGACCAAGGAGGCUGCCAUUGUUGACCCCGUGCAGCCCCAGAAGGUUUUGGAGGCUGCCCAAAAGCACGGAGUGAAGCUGACGACAGUCCUAACCACCCAUCACCACUGGGACCAUGCUGGAGGCAACGAGAAGCUGGUGAAGAUGCAAGCAGGGCUGAAGGUGUACGGGGGAGACAGCCGCGUCGGAGCCCUGACUCAGAAGGUGUCGCAUCUGACCUCGUUCAAGGUGGGAUCCCUUCACGUGAAAUGCCUGUCCACCCCGUGCCACACCUCGGGACACAUCUGCUACUACGUGACGAAGCCCAGCAGUUCAGAGCCGCCUGCUGUCUUCACAGGUGACACGCUGUUCGUGGCUGGCUGCGGGAAGUUCUUCGAAGGGACCCCGGACGAAAUGUACCGAGCGCUGAUUGAAGUCCUGGGCCGCCUGGAGCCUGAGACGCGAGUGUACUGUGGGCACGAGUACACCAUCAACAACCUGAAAUUUGCACGGCACGUCGAGCCCAACAAUACAGCUGUCCACGAGAAGCUCGCCUGGGCCAAGGCCAAGUAUGACAGUGGCGAACCAACCAUCCCAUCGACUAUUGCAGAAGAGUUUGCAUACAACCCCUUCAUGCGAGUGAGGGAGAAGACGGUCCAGCAGCAUGCCAGGGAAACCGACCCUAUUCGGACAAUGGGAGCCAUCAGAAAGGAAAAAGAUAACUUCCGGUUGCUGGAAAUCAUCAGGAAGGAAGGUGUAGCCCUGAAGGCCAUUCUGACCACCCAUCACCACUGGGACCAUGCCCGAGGGAACGAGGAGCUGGCGAAGCUGUAUCCAGACCUGCGCGUGUACGGCGCUGACGAGCGGAUCGGGGCCUUGACAAACAGAGUGGCUCACAACGAGGUGUUAAAGUUUGGAGACAUUAAUGUGAGAUGCCUCUUCACCCCCUGCCACACUUCGGGACACACGUGCUACUUCAUGUGGGAAGAUAACUCCCCGGAUGCGCCGGCGCUGUUCUCAGGUGACACCUUGUUCGUGGGCGGCUGCGGGCGGUUCUUCGAAGGGACGGCCGAGCAGAUGUACAAAAACCUGAUGGAUGUCCUGGCGGCUUUGCCGAAGGAGACGAAGGUGUUUUGCGGGCACGAAUACGCCGUCCGAAACCUCAAGUUCGCCUUGAAGGUGGAGCCAGAGAACGAAAGCGUGAAGAAGAAACUCGCGUGGGCCAAACUCCGCGAUGACGAGGACCUGCCCACGGUGCCCUCCACGCUGCAGGACGAGUUCCAGUACAACCCCUUCCUGCGGGUCUCGGAAGAAGCCGUGCAGAAGUUCACAGGCAAGACGGAUCCGGUGGACGUGCUGCGCGCUCUCCGCACGGAAAAGGACAACUUCAAGAAGCCCAAAGAGCGGCUGAACCCCCAGGCCAUGCUGGCCUUCGAGUGGGGGCUCUUCAGCCCCUUCCUGGAGAAGAAGUGAAACGUCGCUGGGUUGCUCCCGUCGUUUCACUCGAGAGCCACUGGAACGUAGGGUCCGUGCUGUCGAGAGGCAGUGCCCUAUGGGAGGGAGUUCCCCGCGGUGUGUUGCAAAGGGUUGCGUCCGGUUUGGAUCUACAUGAAUCGGACACGUGGGGCUUCCCUGCACAAGGGUGCUGGUCCUCGUUACUCGGUCCAAGUUUUUGUGUUGGUUCAUUUUCCCCCAAACUGUAACUGCUUCUCUUAGCCCUGCCUUUUAGGCGAGUGCUUUAAAAACUAGCUGCAUUUUAGUAGACCGUGGGUUUGUAGGAUGUGGGACGAAUCGUAUGUAGAUGUACAUGGGUGUAUUUAGGGUUGUGAUGGGCCAGUUUUUCAUAAGGCUUAAGUGUCCUGCUGCUACCCAGCUUCCAAAGGGCAUUUUGAAUCUAAUCCUCCAAGCGAUCAUCGGGGCAAGGAAGACUGCAUGGAGCCAGGCUGGCCGGCGGAUGGAUGCAGCUUUGGAAAAAUCAGUUCUGCUCAGGACUAAGUUGCCUUUAUCCUUUUCUUUCUAAAGUGCUUUUUCCAACCUGAUUCGAGGCUCGGAAGUGCUGCGUUGGCAGCUUGCUGCUUUCUCAGCAUUAAGGGAAGACGCAGUCGUCUUCAGGACAGUAAAGCGUGAUCAAAGUGACCGUUAUUGAAUUGUAAGGCGGUGGCUGCUUGUAGAUGAAGAGGAGGAUAAAACAGGUUUGGCCCUUUGAGUGUAGUAGGCAGUAAAUUGGAGGGAUAGGCAAGACUUCAAAGUGUGCCUUUUAACCAGAAAAAGCAAAAUCCAGCAGAGAGGUUAUUAGGAUGAGUGCUUUGAAAGGGAAUGGAUUUGCCUUUUGGCAGAGUAUUUAGCCAGUAUCUAUGUCUCAUUCAGCAGCAGCUCCCCAUGCUUUUCAGUAAUCCCGAGGUAGGAUGUUCUCUGAGGAUUUACAGAGCAGUGAUUUACGUAGCGUGGCUUUCCAAGGAGAUUAAACCCUGCAGCGUGCUUCCCGGUAGAAGCCAGGCUGACGGACUGCCGCUGCCCCCAAUCCUCAGUCUUUGCUUCUCUCCUCCCCAUGCCCUUUCCUGUCCAUCUCUUAAUAGGGGGCAACUACAGUCUGGGAGCCUGAUCCUGAACACGUCUGCAGUGCUUGAUGGGGUGCAGUUAACAGUGGGAUUAGUUGCCUGUUAAGGCCCUAAGGGUCUACAGGGGAUCAGGGUAAUAGGGGCUGCUUUGCUCCUUUUCUCCUACCAUGGACAUGGAGAGAGGCCUCUUUGAAAUGGGUGGAAGAAAUCUAGAACAACCUUGUAGUUAAGUCACCGUUUAUUGAGGAGCGCCAGCUUUUUCUAAGGCCGGAUUUUGCUUUUGGCGUGGGCUUGCUGGAGUUAGCCACGCACUUCUAAACUGGCAAGGAAAGCAACAGAAAGGCUGGUGUUCAAAAUCCAGAAUGAGCCAUGUGGCCUUUCUUGAAGUGAGGGGCACGGGGGUAAAUUAACUGUGAGAAUUUGUGUGGUCUUAUUUGGCUGGAAAUACUGCAAAGAUCAAGGUGCAAUGUUUCACGCACCCUGACUUGCUAGCAGGGGGCCCGGGACCCACAUCCCUUCGUUUGGGCACUUGAGCAGCGUGUGAUGCUAACUAAACUGGGAGCCUUCUCCCCUGCUGUGCACCGUUGUAAAUGAGAACAGGGCAUGCAGAAUGAGGCCUAAAUACUUCCGUCACAUAACACCUCUUAACAUGGUCUUGUUUCCACUCGAUAGUGUCUAGCAUUGGAAUAAAGCCGUGUGUGGGGCUGGUUUGUGUCUUUGGUUGUGCUGAGCUGAAAGGCACACUAUCACCUGGUUAAUGGACACAUUUUUCUACCACUGUAUUUGGCUUUUUUAAAUCGACAGUUGCGCUGGGUGUCACUUGUUGCUAAACAGGAAGGGAAAAUUCAUAUCUGCCACUACAGCUGCACCAGUUUUAGGGCUCGAGAGACAAGUGAGUCUUUAUGCACAGGUUGUACUGCUAAAGGUUGACCGUGCACUGCCGAGCAUGGAGCUGGCACCUGACAGUGACCCCAACGCUCCCAGCUGAUGAAGGUCUACGCAGCAGUCAAAGCUGGGAUUGCGACUCACGUGACACUUACCUGAACUUAACUAGGUACUAAUUAGCAGGGAUCUAGCAGCGUGCAGCUGCAGGGAAGCUUGGGCGGUUCUCCUGGGCUCUGCUCCCUGCUGCAGCACCUCCACUCCUGCUAGGAACCGAGCGUAGGUAUUUCAGAGUUAGUUUAGGCAGGAGAUACCUUUCGACUGCCGGGCCUUGAGCAUGCACCCCUUUGUUUUGCCUCUGCAUUUCUUCUAGCUUUGGGAAAUGGGUAAGAAACAAAAUGUAGGUCACUGGGUUAAUUUUCCAGUGCAAUAGCUAAAUUUAGCAAAUUUUUUGGCGUUUGCUUCCAACAGCGCACUUACGCCGAACUUGGCUCUUUUGCACUUGACUACAAAGUUUAGUCGCAGCACUUCUAUACAGUGAAUUUCCUGUAACUGCUGGCAUUUCUUGCUGUAAUUAAAACCUAUAGUUUUAACACAAGACUGUGUUGUUAAACUAUGCAGGAGAAAAGGGGCAUUCAAUGACAAGCCACCUGCCUAUAAAGCUGCAGAGAAAACAAGCCAGAUGAGAAUCUUGCCUCUUCAGCACUGUGAACUCACUAACAACAAUGACCACUGACACAUGUAAAGCUUUAAUUAAAAUUUCCUAAAAACUU